AUGGUCCUGCCCAAGCUCCGGUGCUUAACCUCGGCUGCCGUUGCGGCAACUCUUUUGGGUGCUGCGGCAGUGAAUGCGGGGAACUGCUCGGUAGCCGGCAUCGCCCAACCCUCGAUCCCUGAUGGGCAGCUGUUACAGCUGACUGCCAUUCCAGUCACUGGCUACCAGAACGGCCAUACCACGUUGAGCUUCUGCAAUGUGACCGUCACAUACACCCAUCCCGGAAAGAAUGACGCUAUUCACACCACUGUCUGGCUUCCCCUCUCGAGCUGGAACGGCCGGCUUCAGGGCUCCGGGGGUGGCGGCUAUGCAAUGCGUCACGACGACUCGGUUCUAGCAGAAGCGGUCGGCCUCAACUAUACCGUUGUAGCCACAGACGGUGGCCACGGGCUCGUCUCUCAAAACUCCGCCGCCUGGUCACUGGAUGCAUCCGACCAAGUGAACAUGGCCCUUCUCGACGACUUCGCCUACGUUGCGUUGAACGAUGCGGCCGUCAUCGGCAAACAAAUCAGCCACAGCUUCUACGGCUACGGCCCAAACCGCUCGUACUGGAACGGCUGCUCCACCGGCGGCAGACAAGGACUCAUGCUCGCGCAGCGGUAUCCCACGGCCUACAACGGAAUCAUGGCUGCGGCCCCCGCCAUCAACUGGCCCACCUUCCUGGUGGCGGAAUACUGGCCGCAGUUCGUCAUGAAUCAGCUCCCGUCACCCCCGCCGACGUGCGUGACCGACGCCAUCACCGCCGCCGCCAUCACCGCCUGCGACGCCCUCGACGGUGUCACCGACGGCGUGAUCUCAGCUCCCGACCUCUGCACCUUCGACCCUCUCACCUUAGUCAACCGAACCAUCGCAUGCAACGGCACCAGCGUGACCGUCACCCAACCCGCAGCGCUAGCUGUCUCGCUGAUCUGGACCGGAAUGCGGUCUUCCAACGGCACGUUCCAGUGGUACGGUCUCGAGCGCGGCGCCCCGCUCUCCAUGGGCAGCAGCAGCCUCGCCGCCACCACCUGCACCUCCCCAGCCAACUGUACGGGCUCCCCUUUCGCCAUCUCCUCCGACUGGAUCCGGCGCUUCGUCCUGCAAGACCCGGCCUUCGACCUGAGCACCCUCGACCACGCCGACCUGGACGGCAUCCUCGCCCGCUCCAUCGCCGGAUACAACGCGAUCAUCGGCACCGACGACCCGGACCUCUCCGCCUUCCGAUCCGCCGGCGGGAAACUGCUCACGUGGCAUGGGCUGGCCGACCCGCUGAUCUUCCCCAAGGGCACCGAGCACUAUUACCGGCAGGUGCAGGCGCGGGACCCGGCGGUGCGCGACUUCUAUCGCUUCUUCCCGGCCCCGGGCGUGCAUCAUUGUUCCGGGGGCGAGGGCCCCGUGCCCGUGGACCCGUUGGCGCAGGUCGUCGCGUGGGUGGAAGGUGGGGUGGCGCCGGCGACGCUGCACGCGCAGGCGGCGGAUGGGCGGACGCGGUCGCUGUGUCCGUGGCCUCUGGUUUCGAUGUACAAGGGUGGUGAUGUACGGGAGGCGGGAUCGUAUGCUUGCGAGGAACCGCUGCGGCAAUGGUUUUGAUUUUGUGUCCUG